UGUGUGUGUGUGUGUGUGUGUGUGUGUGUGAUUGUAAACAGUGAAAUAUUAAAGAUAAUUAAGAGAAAGUGACGUCUGAUCUGGUGAACAUGUGGAGGAAACACUCGAGCGAAGGAUCUGAGCGGUUUGAAUAUUUACAGACUCUGGUGACUGAGUUCCAGGACACAGACAGUGAAGAGGCAAAGGAACAAGUGCUGGCUAACCUGGCCAACUUUGCAUACGACCCAAAGAACAUGGAGAAUCUGCGGGAGCUGCAGGUGACUGACCUCUUCCUGGACAUGUUGACUGAGGAGAAUGAGAACUUUGUGGAGUUUGGGAUGGGGGGGUUGUGUAACCUCAGCAUGGACCCGCAGUGCAGAGACCUGAUCCUGCAGAGCAGUGGGAUCAGCUUAGUCACCAGCUGUCUGUCGAGCCGGAGGGAAGAGACCGUCCUGUCGGCCAUUGUCACGCUCAUGAACCUCACGACGCCCGUGUCACGCUCUGACAUCGCCGUCCCAGCCAUCCUGCAGUGCAUGCUGCGCUUCUCCCUGUCGGAGAGCCCCCGGCUGCGCAACCUGGCGGCCGUGUUUCUGCAGGACUGCUGCACCGAGGAGCAGGUGGCCCGGGCAGAGCAGCAGAUGCAGGGACAACAGACGGCAGUUGGGAUCCCGCUGCCCAAAGACACGUGAGGUGUUCACAAAGGAUGUUUACUAAUGAGAGUGAAGGCAAUGUCUUGCACUGUUGGCCAUAAGUAUGUAGACACUCAAACAUCCCAAACCAAUCAGUGGACCUUGCCGAGGUUCUCGUAACAUUGAGAAGACAGAGUGUUAAAUGUAUAGGGAGUGUCUAUAACAACAAUCUGGUCACAUCCUGUCAGUUCAACUGGAAAAUCACAUUUGAUUGACACCUGCAGAUGACUAUGGACUAUGAAUAUGGAUGUAACCUGCUGCUCCUCUGCGUCUUCCAUCAAAGUGCACGUUUUAGCAGAUUGAGUUUAGUAGCUGUGCUUUUUCUUACCACAUGAGGGAGACUGCAGAGUUUCAGUUGACCUGAAGGGUUCCGUUGGUGCUGUGGACCACACAGUACGAGCCUGAUAUAAUAAAACGUCUAUAUUUCCAGAGUUCACAACAAUUUGGCAAAAAUGUUCUAAGUGUUGUAACUAAUAGUGACUAAUAUUGCUUGUAAAAACAGGCUCACCAUCUGCAGGAGGGUUCGGGUUAUGUCCUGAAAGGUAAAAUCCAAACCCAAAAUAUGUAGAAUAAAAAAAUCUCUAAAUAAACCUUGAGGUUCCGCUGUAAGAGCCAGGAGCGCUGUUUGUUUUCUUCUCUCUCUUAAGAGCUAUUUCUGGGCCCAGUCCUUCAGGUCUAGACAGACGACGACAUCCGAUCCUGCAGCCCGGCCUCAGGUGGACUGCACAUGUAGCUCAGACCCUGGAGGAAAUUCUUUGCAGCUUUGAAUGUGUGUCUGUGAUCCUCGCUCAUUUAUUCGCCACAAAGUUUUCAUUCUUAAUCAGCGUGGGUUGCUGAAGGGAAUUCCAGGAGCUGAAGAGGCGUGCACCUGCCACCGAGGUCACUAAAAAUACCUUCAUUCUUCCCGUAAAAAGAGAAACACCAACGCCUGCUUUUAAUAAUGUGAUACAAUAUUUAAUUCAUCUUGAUGUAAAAAAAAAAA